CUCUUCCAUGUUUGCAUGACGAAAGUACUUAUUAAUAUAAUGGGGUAUAAGUUUCUAUGAUGUGUACUGUGAUGACUUCAGUUAUUGCUUUCUGAUUGGUUGCUUGUACAUAUAUAAAUAUAUUGAUAAGAAAUUUCUAACCACACUUCACGAUGCUGCGUCAUUUUGUAUGAAAUCAUUUUUUGUCCAGUUAAAUAAUCCAACACGUUGAUGUCAUUUGCGGUUUUUGAUGCCACAUCCUAACAUAAAGAGUUCAGUCCUCCCACGAUCUCCUGUAUCCAGUCAACUGAAUAUACGUUCAAGAUCAAAUUCACCUACUCAUGCACUCAGUAGUAGGACUCUUAGCUCUGUUAAUCAGGACAGCCAGAGUCUCAGCAGCUUACGAAGCACCAGGUCCUAUCCUAGAAAGGGGUCAACACUUGGGAAUGCGAAUCUUACAAUUGAAGAGCAAAAACAUUUAGAAGAAGUUCUGGCUCGUUUCGAUAAAUUUCGGCAAAUUGAAGAUGCACGUGUGAAACAGUUACGACAAGAAAUGAUUGACAGACAGAAAGUUCGAAUAAAGAAUUCUGAAUCUAUUGGCGAAGGUCGGUGUAAUAAUUGCAAUGCUCUAUUUGUCCCCAUUUUACAACCGGCUACUCAGUGUGUCAAUUGUCAAGGACAGUUUUGUCGUACAUGUACAGAAAAACUUCCUAACACAAAUAUUGUGAUGUGCAAAUUUUGUCGAUUUGAAACUUUACAUAAGUGUAAACUCGGAGUCUGGUUCACAGAACAGCUGAAACUAGCCCGAGCUUGUGGUCGUGUAAGAGGUGUAAGCGGUCCAGAAGCUUUGCGUUCUUCCAUGCUACGUAUACAGCGUGAAUCCAGAACAAAUACUCCAGUUCAAAGUCAAGAGGUUAAUACUCAUGGAAUGAGCAAACAGCCCAAAUCGCUUCACAAUUCACAAUCCUUGGUGGAUAGUGGUUAUGUUCCACAGAGGACACAUUCGUGGAUCGACGAUGAGGUCUGUCCUGCGGGUGAUAAAGAUCAUAUGACAUCAUCACUGUCACAGUCAUCCUCACUACAAAUUCGUAAAGCUCUUCUGUCUGGAGAAGAAUCAACGCAUUUGCACCAUCAGAAUGCAGGACAAAGUUCAUCAGAGUGCUACAGUCCAUCGUUAGCUAGUGAAGCUGCAUCAACCACUGAACGAAAAAUUGCAUGUUCCGUCACAGAUUUGAGACAGAAUAAAAUUGCAUCCAAACAUCAGAAGCGUUUAGACUCGGAUACAGGGAGUCGCUCAAAUCUAAGCAUAGCCAGUGGGAUUAGCCAUGGUUCUUCACUAAGUAUAUACAGUGAACGUGAGUCAAGUUAUACGCAUGGUAUUCAAAUAUCUGGAGAUUUACUUUUGAUACUGUUCUACGAUGAUGCACAGAACGCUCUACGUGUUAGCAUUAAACAGGCGCGUAAUCUGGCAAUAGCAGACAAAAAACAUAAUACAACGAAUCCUUAUGUGAAGUCUUAUUUACUACCAGACCGAACAAAGGGAAGUAAGCGAAAGACAUCACAUAAAAAGGAAACAUGUAAUCCAGUCUAUGAUGAAGAGUUUAAAUAUCAUAUACUCAGACAAGAUCUUGCGUCACGUACACUUCAGGUGUCUGUUUGGCAUUAUAAUGCAUUAGGCGUUAAUUUAUUUCUGGGAGAAAUUCUCUUGCCAUUGGCCUUUCAUCCAUUUGAUCAAACUUCACAUUGGUACACCCUUGGUGAACGCGUAAGUUGGACUUUUUUAUUGGUAAUAUUGCGGUUAUAUGUCUGUCUUCAUGCUUUCCUACAGAGUAUGAAGUCACUAAACUUAAAAAUAACCCAAUGUGAGCUCACUUUUAAUGAGUGAAGGGUGGUAUUAUUUUCUGCGUUAUACAAGCUUCUUUAGCCUAACUCUGAUAGACUUCCAUAUAAGGUGCUGUUUUUUCAUUGCAUAUAAGUAAACAUUAAAUUAGUGUUCAAUUAUUGUAGGAACUAACGUUCUGGAAAAAAGGAUUAGUCACUUAUAGCAUCUAAAAUACCCCAGAUACUGGUAACUUGACCUCCAAGAAAAAACAAACAAUAAAAACUUUUACUGAUGAUAGACUCGAAAGUUAAUGAAAUCCCAGUUCCUGGAAUAAUGGGAUAAAACGCAGAUUUACUAGGCUCAGAUGUGAAGCAAAACAAAAAGACAAGAACAUAUCAUCGGACGAACACAAUGAAGAAUUUCUGGCAGAAUAUCUGAGCAUAUUCUAAGAAACUCGUAUCUGAAAGGUGCAAAAGUGCCAAGUAGUAUGAUGGCUGGCCACCGGUUAGAUAGCUGCUAUGAAAUUCAUAUAUCAAAGCCCUUUAAGGUAACUGAAGUUCAAGACAGCUCCAGUUUGUUAAGUUUGGUUGGAGCGAUCGCCAUCAAACGAUUACAGCCAAAUUUAUACCCCUUAAAGGAAACCGUUGUUAAUCUUGCUUUAUCCUGGUAAAUAUACUUUGUGUCAUUUAAUUGUAUUUUUGUUAAUUUUGUUAUUUUAAUUGUAUUUUGUUUUGACGAUAUAAUUUCCUAUUCUAAUUUCGCAUUUUUUAUAUUCUUGACCAGACUCCUUUUUGACCUUUGUUUAACUAAAUUGUUUUACCCCUACAUAAGCGUGUUUUUGAUUUUAUGCCUCCAUUUAGUUUGUAAGAUCCGUUCGUAAUUCUAGAAUAUUUCUUAAUUAUUUCUAUGCAUACUAACGAGCUUAACAACGUGUUUUAUUCCUUUCCACUAUGCUACUUAAUCACGUGACAUUAACAUCCAUCACCUUGAUGAUGAUCAAUAACUACAGUAUUUGAAUAUUUUGUACAUACCAAUAGAUAUUAAACUGUUCAUUGUUGUACGCAACUGAAAAGGAUCGACAAAAUAUAGUGACGUCAUUUUAUCCUGCUCAAUAUGUUUCUGCUGUGUUUAUUUCCGUCUUGUGUUUGCCUACCUACCAUUAAUUAAGUAGCAUAAAUAUAUAAAUGAAAGUUUCGGCUAAAACCUUGUCAGAAAAGUUACCACAGGGAUAACUGGCUUGCGGCGGUCAAGUGUUCAUAGCGACAUCACUUUUUGACCCUUCGAUGUCGGUUCUUCCUAUAAUUGUGAAGCGGAAUUCACCAAGCGUUGGACUGUUCACCCACUAAUAGGGAACGUGAGCUGGGUCUAGACCGUCGUGAGACUGGUUAGUUUUACCCUACUAAUGAGUACAGUAAUCAGUGAAGUAACAGAAGUAUAAUCCAUGUAUCUGAUCAAUUUUUGUUUUCGAUCUAUGCUUGCAUGAGCAGUCAGGACAGCAUCUCCUAUGAUAAAACCAGAUGGCGUUUGGUGCUGUUGCAACGACUGAGUCAUUUUUCAACCUAUAAAUACUCUUGGAUUUUUCAUUAAACUAUCUUAAUCUGUAUUAGUUAACAACUCAAAUUAAUUUUUGGAAAGUUGUGAUAGUAACUUCCAGUGGAAAAGUUUGUUAGCAAUAGUAGUGAAUAUCUGAAGAACUUAACAUCUUCUACGGAUGAUCAAAGGAACAUUGACCUAUAUGGAAAUGUUCCUAAUCCUGAAUAAAAUUUAGCCACAAAAAGUUUAUAAGUUUUUUCGGUCACCAUUGAAAACAAUAUAUGAGGAUUAAAUCUUGAAACAAAAAGUUAUAUAUAUAUAUAUACAUAUAUUUGAUUGGACACUAGUUAGUAACUAGUGUAAUGUGUCUAGUCCUAUCUUUGGUGCAUAAUGGAUUCUAUCAGUCAAGCAGUCAAUACAGUCCCACAGAAGGUCAGUCGCAAGCCUGAAUAGCUCAAUGGUAAUGUCUCUGACUGCAGCACUGGGUGACGCGGAUUCAAAUCUCAGAAAGGACAUAAGUUCUUUCGAGGCUGCAGAUACACCUUGCUGAUGAGUGCCAGCUAGCACGAAACCUAAGUCAAGAGUAAGGCUUCCUGCCGAU